UCCGCUUUUUCAGGCUUUUACAUCCCGGACUCCCGGCAUCCCACCAGUGGAAGCGGAGAAGUUCAAGCCGCCGCCGCUGCCAUGUCCGAGGCUUAUUUCCGGGUGGAGUCGGGUGCGCUGGGGCCUGAGGAGAACUUUCUGUCCUUGGACGACAUCCUGAUGUCCCACGAGAAGCUUCCGGUGCGCACGGAGACCCCCAUGCCUCGCCUCGGCGCUUUCUUCCUGGAGCGGAGCGGAGGGGCCGAGACUGACCACGCGAUCCCUCAGGGCUCAAAGCUUGAACUCCCCUUGUGGCUGACAAAGGGACUUUUUGACAACAAGCGGCGGAUCCUUUCUGUGGAACUUCCCAAGAUCUACCAACAAGGUUGGAGGACGGUGUUCAGUGCUGAUGCCAAUGUAGUGGACCUCCACAAGCUGGGGCCCCAUUUCUAUGGGUUUGGCUCCCAGCUCCUGCAUUUCGACAGUCCAGAGAAUGCAGACAUUUCCCAGUGUCUCCUGCAGACAUUCAUUGGACGCUUUCGCCGCAUCAUGGACUCCUCCCAGAACGCUUACAAUGAAGACACUUCGGCACUGGUGGCCAGGCUGGACGAGAUGGAGAGGGGCUUGUUUCAAACAGGACAGAAAGGACUGAACGACUUCCAGUGUUGGGAGAAGGGGCAGGCUUCUCAGAUCACAGCCUCCAGCCUCGUUCAGAACUAUAAGAAGAGAAAACUCACUGACAUGGACGACUGAAGGCCAGAAGAACACAGAAGUGCUCCCACUGGAGGGAAACACCCUGUGUGUCCUUGAUAGGAGCCUCGUUGACCUUGUAUAGGACCAGAACCAUGUCCCAUGUCCUGACUUAUUUCCCGCAGCCGUC